GUACAAUAUCACUAUUUGAUAUCGCCAGAAGGAGCUGCUACUCUAAAACACAGCAACAUUUUUGACUACCAAACUGACCGUACGAUGCAGAAUCCACGGAAUUUUCCUGAAGAUGCCGGCAGUCUGCUGGCACUUAGCAUUGUGCAUGUCCUUUUGGCAGUUGUGGGAUUCACCGCAAAUCUCUACAAUUUUUUCUACGGUAAGAAGGGUUCUAAUCUGCUGCCGUUGUUUUAUUUUCGGACUUCUGUUUUCUGCUCACAUUUUUCCGGUGAUGCAAACGCUGGCCUUCGUAUUCUUUACGAUCCCAUUGUACGGGAUGCAGCUGUUAUGGGGGGUCGGCUCGGUGGUGGCAUGUGUGCGAGUGUUUGGCGGCAACAGAAAUCUAAUAUUCUUCGGAGAAGAUCGGGAGAUUAGUGAUUGCAUGUGCCGAACCUCUUUCGUGUACCUGCUGCUAAUGGUUAUUGUAUGGUUCUUCGCGGUCGCGUCUAGCGCCCAGCCCUUCGUGGCUUCGCUUGGCAUGUGGGGUUCAGUCCACCACGUGUUCCAGACCGAUCUUACCGGACAUCUGGUCAUGCUGGGAAUGAUUCUCGCGCUAAUUGCCGGUAUGGUCGUGGAAGAGUUUGCCAUCCAGCGAAGUGUUUCCGUCAGCAACGAUCUCAUCUGUAUCAAUAAUAACCACAAGCUUCUUGCCCGAGUUGAAGAACAAACCGGGUCACCGCCACCGGAGACCGUCUAAAUGGGGACUGCAGUUCAGAACCAAUUUAAAGAUGCCCAUGAAGCCAUUUUUUGGAGCCAUGGAUCCACCGAUGAGUUUGCUGUUGAUAGUCCUAAGAAGGAAUAUUUUACGAUAUUACCGCUUGCACUUGCUAUGAACAUGUCGGAUUUAACAUGUGAGAAAGGAAUGCACCAGACGUUUACAUUCAGUACAUAACAUCAAUACAACCACAUCGCCUUUUAAUAACGCCCUUUGUCUUCCGUAAAUUCAAUUUUGUUGAUUGCGAUUUGCCUUUUUAAUUUCUACGAUUGGUAGUUUAAUAAUUUAUUACGAUUAGCUUUAUAAUUUAUUCAGAUUUUGAACGAAAUGC